AUCACAGCAGUGGGGUCGAGCACUUUUGAGGUUCCCAAUCCUCACACAAGAAGUGUAACCACCACUGAGCUUGUGUUGUGUCCUUAGUGCAAGACAUGACCCCUGAAAGUGCAGUGAGGACUGGAUCAACUGCUCUGGAGCCGUGAGUGGUUUCUGUGCUGCUGAGUAAUCCUGCUCACACCCCAAAGGUGCUUUUUCCAGCUCCUUUUCUGAGCUCUGGCUGCUGGACUGCAGGACCUGCUUGUUCCUUAGUCUGGGAUGAAAAGGGAAAUUUCCUUAUCUCAUGUUUUUCAUUGUUGUUACUCUGGGCACUGGGACAUGCAGUAAUUCAGGAAUUAAACAAUUUCCUUAAGCUACCUAAUUAAAAGACAUUACAUUUAGGUCCCCAAAUUAAUUGAUUCAUAAUUCUAUUAAAGCCGUAGCUAGCACAGUGAGAUGCUUUGGGCUGGCUUCUCCCGUGAGAUGUUUGAUACAUCCCACAUGUCACAUCAGAAUUAAGUAUAAAUUUCUGUUGUUGACUUGUAACUUUGUCUGUGUGAAGGACCAUUUUUGUUCCAAUGGCAGGACAAGGGAGGAGAGUGUUUUCAUUCAGUUUGGAUUUGGGGGGAAGGGAUGCAUCUGUCCACAAACAGAGUCCUCGACCUUUUGUCCAUCCAGCCUUCUCCAAGGUGAUGACUCCUGCCUCCUGAGACGUUGGAAAACCUAGUUUGGAAGAAGAGUAACGAUACAGUUGAUGCUGAACUACAGCCAAGGAUGAAGCGGCGAGCAUCAGACAGAGGAGCUGGGGAAACAUCCGCUAAAGCAAAGGCUCUGUGCGCGGGGAUUUCUGGGAAUAACGCCAAGAGAGCAGGUCCUUUCAUCCUGGGUCCACGUUUAGGUAACUCCCCUGUGCCAAGUAUUGUUCAGUGUUUGGCAAGAAAGGACGGGACAGAUGACUUUUAUCAGCUGAAGAUUCUCACCUUGGAAGAAAGAGGUGAUAAAGGAAUAGAAACCCAGGAGGAGCGACAGGGCAAGAUGCUGCUGCACACGGAGUAUUCUCUUCUUUCCCUGCUCCACAACCAGGAAGGAGUGGUCCAUCAUCACGGGCUCUUCCAGGACCGAGCUUGUGAAAUCAUAGAAGAUCUUGAAGCCAACAGGAUGGUCAGAAAGAUGAAGAAACGCAUUUGCCUGGUGUUGGACUGCCUCUGUGCUCAUGAUUUCAGUGACAAAACAGCAGAUCUGAUCAAUCUGCAGCAUUAUGUCAUUAAAGAGAAGAGACUCAGCGAGCGGGAGACCGUGGUGAUAUUUUAUGAUGUGGUACGAGUGGUAGAAGCAUUACACAAGAAAAAUAUUGUGCACAGAGACUUGAAACUAGGAAACAUGGUGCUAAACAAAAGGACUCACCGGAUCACCAUCACCAACUUCUGCCUGGGGAAGCACCUGGUGAGUGAGGACGACCUGCUGAAGGACCAGCGUGGGAGCCCUGCCUAUAUCAGCCCAGACGUGCUCAGUGGCCGGCCAUACCGUGGGAAGCCCAGCGACAUGUGGGCAUUGGGGGUGGUGCUGUUCACCAUGCUCUAUGGCCAGUUCCCCUUCUACGACAGCAUACCUCAGGAGCUCUUCCGCAAAAUCAAGGCUGCCGAGUACACCAUCCCUGAGGAUGGCCGGGUCUCAGAAAACACUGUGUGCUUGAUCCGGAAACUGCUGGUCCUGGACCCGCAGCAGCGGCUGACGGCUUCUGAAGUGCUGGAUUCCCUCAGCUCCAUCAUAGCGUCCUGGCAGUCCAUGUCCUCGCUGAGUGGCCCUUUGCAAGUGGUGCCGGACAUAGAUGACCAAGUGGCUAAUCCUGAAAACCCCCAGGAGGUGAAGGUGACGGAGGAGUGCUCCCAGUACGAGUUCGAGAACUACAUGAGGCAGCAGCUGCUCUUGGCCGAGGAGAAGAACACCUUGCAUGAGGCCAAGAGCUUCCUGCAGAAGCGGCAGUUCGGGAACAUCCCGCCGGUGCGGCGCCUGGGCCACGACGCGCAGCCCAUGAACCCUUUGGACGCGGCCAUCCUGGCCCAGAGGUACCUCCGGAAAUAGCUUCCCAUGCCCCAAGAGCACGAGCACCACCCUGCAGUCUGCCCUCACCUCGCCUGCUCCAGCCUACAGCAAUACCGCUGUCCCACGACGGGGAAUAAUGUAGCAAUCCCAAGCUCUGUCCAGGGACAUGCACUCACACCUGCUCCGGAGGGAGAAGACUUUUGGAAAAGCUAGUUUUGGAAGCAGCAACCUCUUGGCAUCUUCUGGAAUCUGUUUUUUUAAAAUCGAAGCCUAGAUGACUAAUCUGCUUUUAAUCAUGACUGUAAUCUAC